UUUCGACGGAUAAAUUACCGCUCGUCAAAGCCGUGGUCCCGUCUCCUCUGCUGUUCCCGAGCCAGGAUAAUGUCUGUGAACCACCGUUAGUCUGGCUACUUCUUGCUCAUUAACACGUCUUUUUGUUGUGUGUUUUUUCUCUUUUUUUGGCUCGCUUUGGUUUUGAAUUAGGACGAGGAUGGUGUUUCCAGCGGGCAACAUGUCCCUCAUCGGGCUGACUUUGGCGCUGCUCGCCGUCGUCCUCUGCUCCUCUCCGGUCAGUGCAAAUGAGGACUGUCUCUGGUACGUGGAUAAAAACGGCACUUGGCACAACGGCUUCGACUGCCCUCUCAUCACGUUCUGCUGUGGGAACUGCCACCGGCGCUACUGCUGCCUGGACGCCUUCAAGAUGAUCACAGAGAGGGAGCAGAAACGCUGCAUGCUCUUCCAGUUCAGCCCCACCACUUUAGCUGGCAUUGCCUCCUCCAUCCUCCUGUUUGUGGCAAUCAUUGCGACCAUGGUCUGCUGCUUCAUGUGCUCCUGCUGUUACCUCUACCAGAGAAGGCAGCAGAGGGGCAGGACACCUUAUGAUGUCCAGCAGAUCCCCAUGGCCAGCUACCCAGUGGAGCCUAUGUAUGAUGCUUAUGGAAAACCUCUGGGACCCUCUGAGUAUCCACAUGCAGGUUAUCCUAUGGCGCCUCAGUACCCUGGCAUGCCUCCCCAGUACCCAAUGAUGCAGCCUGGACCUUAUCCACCACACCUGAUGGAUCCUGCAUACAGCCAGGCCCCUCCACCUUACUCUCCACCUCAGUAUCCUGGUCAUUGAUGGGCUCGUCUACACACACGCACACACAGCGGGAAACAACAGCAACUGAGAGAAAGGACUGUUUCAGAAGUCGAAGGCAGCGACACUCUCACACUCACACACACACACACACACACACACUCAAAUAAACGCUACAUCUCAACUAGCAGUUGUUUGUCUGUGAAAGAGAACAGGAGGCACUUUAAGUUGUUGUUUUUUUUCUAUGUUUAUUUACAACGUUGUCCUACUUUUCUGGAGUAUUUACAUAAGUCAAAUUCUGUUCUGCAACCUGACUCCCUACUGCUCUCAGCGGGUUUCGCAGAGGCCUUCACACCAUCCCCAAAGUGAGGAGGUAUCCAUCUGGUGUCUCGACUCUGUGCUGCCACUUGUGCUCCGACACACUUCAACGACAAAACAGGGCUCAUUACUUUACAGAAGAGGGGUCAGAAGGGAUUUAUAAAAGUGUUAAUGAACCCCCUCUUUAUUUAUUAAAGGGAAAAAUGCUUUACUUCCUCACUUUUGUUAAAUGAAAAUAAAUCGAUAACUGCCUGAGGGUACAUUCCAAGUCACACACUCUCCACACUCUCCAAAUAUGAUUACAUAAUGUCUUUAUUUCUGUAUUUGAUGUUUUUUCCGUAAUGUGGUAGAGGCUAAAGUGAAAAACAAACUGCAUGUUUGAUUUAAAAAGGUGACAUAAAUGGCUCAGAGGCAGUGGGAUGCUGUCUCAAAUUUGCAGAAGGGAUUUUAUGGUACUCCUUAUUCUGUGUAAGACACCUUUAGUCACUCAUUAGAUCCAACUCUGUCUCUUCUGUUUUGUAUCUGACUCGACUAAUUUACUUCAUGGUAGUAUAUUAGCUAAUGUAACAUCAGCAUGCUACCCCAGUCAAAGUUAACUGUCCACUCAUGCUUCUUUUCUGGUUUUAAAUGAAUUAGAAAUCUUUAGAUUGAACCCAUAAUGCCACGUAGGAUGUUUUCCAGUGAAAAUCAUGUUAAAUGUUUAUUUCUUGUAACAUAUCAGGUCAGGGGAGUUGCAGGUUAUGCUGCUUGGUUAAAAACAAAAAUAUCCCGCCUUACAAUAAUUAACUAUGAAGAAAAAAAAAGAGAUUAACUAUUUAAAUACAUAUUUUGUAAAUCUGUUCUUCAGCUGAAUAUUUUAUGAUAUUGUAACAAGUUAUUUUAAACAUAAUGUAUUGUUAUUGUAACAUAAGAUAUGAUGUUUUAAAAUUUUUGGCAUCUUUCCAUUUGGUAUUUAUUAUUAUUAUUGAGGUUACCUCUUACUGUGAAUGGGUUCUCACCUUGUGGACGAGCUACAAAGCCAAAAAAUCACUACUGUUGAAAAAGUAGGUUUUGUUGACCACCUCUCUUUACAGUCGUCAUUUUGGGAAAUAUAUUUGCUUUUUUGCUGAGAAGUGACAUGAGAAGAAUUAUACAAAUGUCAUGCCUGUAAAUAUGUAGCUACUCAGCUAACUCUUAGCUGGGGGAAACAGCUAAUCUGGCUCUGUCAUAAACUCCAGGAGACUCCAGGAACAAUCUGGCAUAUAACCCCUAGUGAAACUGUGAAUCGUUGAAUUUAUUUCAUGUGGACAAAGCCAGGCUUACUGUUUCCCUCUGUUUUCAGUCUUUAUGCUAAGAUAAGCUAACUGACUGCGACAAGCAAGCCAACAGGAGCAGCGCCGGGUUUUGAAGCCAAUUUGACUUUGUGACCAAAUUGCGUAACUACAACUUCAAGGCUCAGUUACACGAGGCUUUUUUCUAUAGACUCAUAUUAGGCGUGUUUCCAUUGUGUACUUUUUGGAAAGUGGCUGAGUGUUUUGGCUGCGCCCACUAGUUAGUUCCCCUCGACCUCUGUUCCCAUACAGAUACUUUUGUAGCGGCUAACCAACAGAGUCCGAAUGUGAAAACAAACCGACGCGGCAAGCAGUGUUGCCAAUUUAGCGACUUUGUCGCGUUAUUUAGCAACUAUUCAGACCCCUCUAGCGACUCUUCUUCAAAAAAGUGACUAGCAACAGAUCUAGCGACUUUUCUGGUGUUAUUGGAUACUUUUGGAGACUCGUUACUCUUAAGAAGUAGCAGGCGUCGUCCCAAAGCACUCACAAGCGGCCCAGUCCUCCCGCAGCGGUCUCUCCCAGCUGCAGUCAUAGCAGGAGAUGUUAACCCCUCAGUACCCAGUUUGCACUAUUUCUACUGCGCAAAAUCGCCGCCUCAGUAGCGACUCAGAGAAGUACCUACCCGAGGCAGGUACUACCUGAGCCGCUAACUGGUGAAGUAGGUUCUGAUCUUGGGCGGAUCCUGUCUCCCAAGCCACACCCAUAGCAGCUCACGAGAGGGUAAAGUACCUAAUGGAAACGCGCCUAUUGAGAAAGGGACUGCUUUAAAUUUGCCAACAAUUUGUUUUGAGCAGCAUCAACUUCCCAGUACGAACACUUAAGUAUCAUUAAGUUCUGAGAGUUGUAAAAUUCCCUAAAAGCUAAAUCCUGAGUUGUAUUUCUUCCUCUGUUCAUCUGAACAAGCCAGCGACCAAUCGGAUUGGAGACGGGGAUAAGAAAAGAAAAUUCUAGUGUGCUUUCUCUAUGGGGCCCCAUAGAUGCAGACAAUUUGGGUAAUUUUAUACACGGAAGUCAAAGGUUUUUUGACUUCAUGCGCCACUGAGCAACUUUCAUAGGAAUGAAUGGGGCCUGCCUCCAUCUGUCUCCAGUUAUCUUUAUAAAAAACAGCAUUUAAGCUAUAUUAUUAGUCUUAUCACCUAGUGUUACUCGACAAGAAAGCACAUAGGUGUGUUUCCCAAAAUGCCGAAACUAUUCCUUUAAAUUGACACUUACAGAUUUGGGCUCCAGUGAGGUCAGGGCCUGUAACCUGUAACUAUUCUGUAAUUGGGUCUAGUUAAGCAUCUUUGGACCCACUGUGCCCUUUGUUAAAGAUACGAACUGUAAAACAUGACGUCUCAAGCAUGUGUUGUUCAGUCUUUAUUCGAGUGUAAUGUAUCUUAACCUCAAAGUCAAUUGAUACAUUAAAAAAACCUGUUGAUUGAUCAGAGGAGCCUUGGUUUUUCCUCGAGACUUACCGCUGUAUCUUGUCUUCAAACAAAAACUAUUACUGCUAGUUUACAGCGUAAAUUGUUUCCUUUGAUGGCGACGUCCGUUUGUACAGAUUUGUUGAGCCUUUGUAAAGCACAAAGAGAA